GGUACGGAUCGCAGUACAGCACCAAGUGUGGGGCAGGAGCAAUCCGAGGGAAGGGACCGAGUGUGCGCCAUGUGCCAUGUGUGAAGCAAGUGCAAGUGGAUGAUAAUAGAGCAAUUAGAAGUCGCGCCCGAAAACACACCUCGGUUGGUUGGCGAACGCGUGCUUUAAAGUUAGAGGAAAAUCUAGCACGUGUGAUAAAUCCCACGAAUCCCCAAGUGAGCAAGUGUGAAUGAUGGUCGUGUGCAACAGUUCAUGAAGGUCGUGCUGUUAGUAGUGUUGUUCCGGAACCACCGGCGCCACCGAGUUUGACGCCUAGCGCGGUAGAAUUCCGAUUUCAUACGAAGCACCAUCGAUCUUGCAACAGCUUCCGGAGGGGAGAUAAAAGAGCAGGGGAAAAAACGCCACCACGCAGCACCAGCCUCCAUCAUGACCACGUACAUCGAAGUGAACAUACACUCGGACCACGAGGAGGACGAUCGGGAUAUGACCGAUCUGGAACUUCAACAGUGCAACAGCAGACAGAACCUCCUGCAGUCGAUCACAAGUUUGUCCAAUCCAACCUGCCUCUUCACAUCGGGAGCGAAACCAUCUACCGAGGCCUAUGGAAAGGCAGAGAAACGGAAGCUUAUGUGGGCGACCCUUUUCACGGUAGUCUUCAUGCUUGCGGAGUUGAUCGGGGGUUACCUGUCGGGCAGUUUGGCCAUCAUGACGGACGCCGCACAUCUCCUCUCCGACUGCAUCAGCUUCGUCAUCGCGAUCGUCUCCAUCUGGAUAUCGAAUCGACCGCCGGACGCUCGAAUGUCCUUCGGUUACCGGAGGGUGGAGGUGCUCGGUGCGUUACUGUCCGUCUUUGGCAUAUGGGCGCUUACCGCGGUCCUGGUGGUGAUGUCCGCCAACCGGUUAAUCGAGGGAGAGUAUGAGAUCGAUGCCGAUACGAUGAUCAUUGUGGCCAUCCUCGGCGUCGUCAUGAAUGUGGUGACGGCUUUCAUUCUACACGGUUCGUGUAGUGUCGUUGCACACGGACACUCGCACGGUCACGGGCAUAGCCACGGCCACGGGCACUCGCAUGGACAUUCGCAUGGACACAGCCACACACCACGUGCACGAUCGAGAACUCCUCAGCUUACAGGGCCCCGACUCUCGCUGUCACGAUCCUGCUCACCUCUUCCCAAAAUAGCUGCAAUGCACCGUACGCAAUCGUGCGAUGAGAAAAAAUGCGACAAAUUGGAGCAGCUCAUUAUUCCCAAUUAUCCACCCAGCCCGACCCCGGGAAGUCCCGCUCCGUCGCGCCCAAGCAGUCGUCACAAUUCGUUCGCCCUUGCUGGUGAUCACAUGCAGCGACCUAACCUGGAUACGAUCCUCAACAGUGCUCGAUUGAAGCUGCACAAGGAGAGCCUUCGCCAUCGGAUGAGCAUCGAUGCGGGCUUAAAUUCGCCGGAUCUGAUCAGCUCGAGCAAGCUGGGCUACUCGCGUAUCAGCACCGAUCCGGAGUCCUCCCGGGGGCAUAGCGAUGACGAGGCGCACAGUGAGCUGGAGACAACAUCUUCAAGCGAUCAUCAUCAUCACCAUCACCAUCAUCCGUGUGCGGAAGGAAGUGAGGAUGAAAGCAGCAACCUCAACGUACGGGCAGCGAUCAUCCACGUAAUCGGAGAUUUCAUUCAAAGUAUUGGGGUCCUGGUGGCAGCGAUCGUAAUCAAGUUUGCGCCACACUUAAAAGUGUUCGAUCCGAUCUGCACGUUCGUCUUUUCACUGAUCGUCCUUGUGACGACGGUGCGAAUCUUCCGCGACUCGAUGCGCAUCCUUACCGACGCCGUCCCCGUCGACAUCUCGCUCGAGCGAUUUUCCACCGAGCUGUCCUACAUCGAGGGUGUCAAGUCGGUACACGAUCUGCGCGUGUGGAGCGUCUCGACCGACUGGAACAUCUUAACCGUGCACCUUAUGAUCGAUCCCCUUGCGAACGCGUCGGAUAUUCUUGCCAGAGCGAACCACAUCGCCCGGAAGGACUUCCGCAUCAAACACAGCACGGUGCAGAUCGAAAAAAUGCAUUUUUAAGCAGCGCGGGACAGCGAGCAAAACUUGUUCGCUGCCGACAAUACAACUUGUACAAUUGUGAUUCUACAGACUGUCCGUUAGGAGAAGGAAGGGAAGAAAACAAGGAUUGUUAAAAGUGGUGAAAAACAAUCCGACAACUAUUUUUCUCUUUGCUUAUAAGAACAUUACUUUACUUAGGAAACCAUUCUUUCAAAAAGGCCACCCCCUAGGGAUAAGAUUUACAAGCACGGAACAAAUUAAAACUCCAU